CCACAUGGCGGCUCAUAACUGUCUGCAAUUACAGUUUCAAGGGAUUCAGCACCCUCACACAGACACAUAUGUAGGUAAACACCAAUGCAAAUGAAUCAUCAAAAAGAUUUGAAGAGACUGGCCAGAAAAGAAGGAUAUAAUAGCAGAUAUAUGUGUCACAUACAGAUUCAUAGUGUACAUGUGCUUUGUGGACAUCCUCACAGGGCAGCAGGGAAAUGCAAAGGUAAUUUCCAUAACAUCUGCUGGAUGCCAUACGACAUUGAGAUUACCCAGGCACCUAUUCAAACAAGAGUCAACAGCCUCCCCCAUGUUCGGAUGCCGGAAACCUGCUGUGUUAGCAAUAGCUCCCUCACACCCAGACUAAGUGGGGAUAUCUUAGCUAGGGUUACUAUUCUGGGAUGAAACACUAUGACCAAGGCAACUUGGGGAGAAAAGGAUUUAUUUAAAAGGCUUACACUUCACUUUCACCUCACCAUUCAUCGAAGGAAGUCAGGAUAGGAACCUGGAGGCAGAAACUGAUGCAGGGGCCAUGGAGGGGUGCUCAGCCUGCUUUCUUAAAGAAUCCAGGACCACCAGCCCAAGGAUGACACCACCUACAGUGAGCUGGUCCUCCCCCCAUCAAUUGCUAAUUGAGAAAAUGCUCUCCAGCCAGAUUAUAUGGAGGAAUUGACGCUCCUUCCUUUCAGCUUGUGUCAAAUUGACAUAAAACUAGCCAGAACAAGGGAAGCGUCUAAGAAGGACCCACUGACUGCAUACAGACACACACCUGGCCCUAGCAGCUGCAGGAACCUAUUUGUUUAUGGCCUCUUCUCAUUUUCAUGGGCCAGCUGUGAGCACUCUGCUGCGGGAGGUACCUACAUGCCUGCCAAAGCAGGAGUGCUUACUCCAAGGAUCAGCAGAAAGGGCGAGGGUCUCUACAGCUCUCAGAACCCCAGCAGGAAAGCUGGGACCCUCAGUGAGUCUGCCCCAGAACCGAGGCAGGUUAGUACACCCAGGAAACUCAGCUCCAGCUCUCCCUACCCCACCUGAAGGUUGGGGCCCUGGCUAACCAGCUGUCUACUGUCAUUGUUGAGGGACUUCCUCUGCAGCCCCUGCCUAUUGACAGUACUGCAGAAGCCAGAAGAUAAAAAGUGUCUAUGCCUACAAGUAUAAGCCUAGUGCCACCCUUAUUCCAGUCAAGGGAAACCCUGGGACCCUGAAUGCUUGCUUCUCCACCUUCCCCUUUACAGUCUGUGUGGCUGCUCUAGGAAAGAAGGGCACCGAGGGGCUUGGGCAUAGGCAAGUGACAAGAGCACAGUCAGUGGUCACAGUUGGCAUGCUGGGCUCUCUUGGACAGACAGCGCAUUAACGCUAUGAAGAUGAGUCCAGUAUACACAAACUAUCAGGUCUGAGCUAUUGAGCAUAUCACCGGAGCCCCUUGGGGGCUUGGCAGCCAAGCACAGAAGUUUUGCUAAACAAAUUCUCUGCUCUCUCCCCCUGGACUCAGUAUAUCUGGGGCUCCAGCACACCCUACAGUCUCUACUGGAAGUCUCUACCUACCAUGCCACACCUGGUUGUUCUGUGCCUCAGCCUGGCUGCUCUCCCGGGCCUUGGGAUGGGGGCCUCCUUGUGCUUGGCACAGCAAUUCAAAGCUAAAGGGGACUACAUACUUGGUGGGCUAUUUCCCCUGGGCUUAACUGAGGAGGACACCGUCUACCAGAGAACACAACCCAAUAGCAUCUUGUGCACCAGGUUCUCACCCCUUGGUCUGUUUCUGGUCAUGGCUAUGAAGAUGGCUGUGGAGGAGAUCAACAAUGGAUCUGCCUUGCUCCCUGGGUUGCGCCUGGGUUAUGACCUAUUUGACACAUGCUCGGAGCCGGUAGUCACCAUGAAGCCCAGUCUCAUGUUCAUGGCAAAGGUGGGCAGUCACAGCAUCGCUGCCUACUGCAACUACACACAGUACCAGCCGCGUGUGCUGGCUGUCAUUGGGCCCCACUCGUCAGAGCUUGCCCUGAUUACAGGCAAGUUCUUCAGCUUCUUCCUCAUGCCACAGGUCAGCUACAGCGCCAGCAUGGAUCGGCUCAGUGACCGGGAAACAUUCCCAUCCUUCUUCCGCACAGUGCCCAAUGACCGUGUGCAGCUGCAGGCUGUUGUGGCUCUGCUGCUGAAUUUCAGCUGGAACUGGGUGGCUGCCUUAGGUAGUGACGAUGACUAUGGUCGGGAAGGUCUGAGCAUCUUCUCUAGCCUGGCCAAUCCACGAGGUAUCUGUAUCGCCCACGAGGGCCUGGUGCCACUGCAUGCCACCAGUGAUCAACAGCUGGGCAAGGUGUUUGAUGUACUACAACAAGUGAACCAAAGCAACGUGCAAGUGGUGGUGCUGUUUGCCUCCCCCCGUGCUGUCUACUCCCUUUUUAGCUACGGCAUCCGUCAGGGCCUCUCACCCAAGGUAUGGGUGGCUAGUGAGUCCUGGCUGACCUCUGACAUGGUUACGACACUACCCAAUGUUGCCCAUGUGGGCACUGUGCUUGGGUUUCUGCAGCGAGGUGCUGAGCUGCCAGAAUUCUCCCAUUAUGUGGAGACCCACCUUGCCCUGGCUGCCGACCCAACAUUCUGUGCCUCACUGAAUGCUGAACUGGACCUGGAGGAGGGGGUGAUGGGACAACGCUGUCCACAGUGUGACCACGUCAUGCUGCAGAACCUGACGUCUGGACUGCUGCAGAACCUAUCAACAGGGCAGUUGCACCACCAGAUUUUUGCAACCUAUGCAGCUGUGUACAGUGUGGCCCAGGCCCUUCACAACACCCUACAGUGCAAUGCCUCAAGUUGCCCCGCAUCAGAGCCUGUUCAACCCUGGCAGCUCCUGGAGAACAUGUACAACAUGAGUUUCCGUGCUCGGAACCUGACACUGCAGUUUGACGAUAAAGGGAACGUAGACAUGGAGUAUGACCUGAAGAUGUGGGUGUGGCAGAGCCCUACACCUGUGCUGCACACUGUGGGAACCUUCAAUGGCACCCUACAGCUGCAGCACUCCGAGAUGUACUGGCCAGGGAACCAGGUGCCAGUGUCCCAGUGCUCCCGGCAGUGCAAAGAAGGCCAGGUGCGCAGAGUAAAGGGCUUCCAUUCCUGCUGCUAUGACUGUGAGGAUUGCAAAGCAGGCAGCUACCAGAAGCAUCCAGAUGACUUUGCCUGUACUCCAUGUAAUCAGGAUGAGUGGUCCCCAGAGAAAAGCACAGGCUGCUUACCUCGUAGGCCUAAAUUCCUGGCUUGGGGAGAACCAACUGUGUUGUUACUACUCCUGCUGCUUUGCCUGGUACUAGGCCUAGCACUUGCCUCCCUGGGGCUCUUCAUCCACCACUGGGACAGCCCUCUUGUUCAGGCCUCAGGUGGGUCACGGUUCUGCUUUGGCCUGGUCUGCCUAGGCCUCUUCUGCCUCAGUGUCCUUCUAUUCCCAGGACGGCCAAGCCCUGCCAGCUGCCUUGCUCAACAGCCACUGGCUCACCUUCCUCUCACAGGCUGCCUAAGCACACUCUUCCUGCAAGCAGCCGAGAUCUUUGUGGAAUCUGAGCUGCCACUGAGCUGGGCGAACUGGCUAUGCAGCUGCCUUCGGGGACCCUGGGCUUGGCUGGUGGUACUGCUGGCCAUUCUUGUGGAGGCAGCACUAUGUGCCUGGUACCUGACAUCCUUCCCACCAGAGAUGGUGACAGACUGGGUAGUGCUGCCCACAGAGGUUCUGGAGCAUUGCCGCGUGCGUUCCUGGGUCAGCCUAGGCUUGGUACACAUCACCAAUGCAAUGCUGGCCUUCCUCUGCUUCCUGGGCACUUUCUUAGUACAGAGCCAGCCUGGCCGCUACAACCGUGCCCGUGGUCUCACCUUCGCCAUGCUAGCUUAUUUCAUCAUCUGGGUCUCUUUUGUGCCCCUCCUGGCAAAUGUGCAGGUGACUUAUCAGCCAGCUGUGCAGAUGGGUGCCAUUCUGUUCUGUGCCCUGGGCAUCCUGGCCACCUUCCACCUACCCAAAUGUUAUGUGCUUCUGUGGCUGCCAAAGCUCAACACCCAGGAGUUCUUCCUGGGAGGAGGCCCCAAGGAGGCAGCAGACGGGAGCAACAGUGGGGGUGACAGUUCAGGGGCACAGUGAGUGAACCCUGACCCAGUGACCUCUCCUUUAGUGAGCCCAGCCGACAACCCCCAGAUAGUACCUCAACCUGAGACUUGAGCCGCUUAACUACAGACUGACUCCAAGUCAUCCACUGACCUUAGUCCCGCAGUGACCCCCCUCAGACCUGCAGUGUGCAAGAUGGAUCCUAUAAUCCCACCUGUUCCCCAAAGGCAAGAUCAUCCUUGAUCCUGUUACGCCCUACCUAAGGCCUGCCCAGGUGACUGAGAUCCAUUAUCUUAGAAGCAGCCCACAGAGUGUUCUUUGGUACUCCAUAGCCAUAUCUUGAAUUUAAAAAUAACCCAAGCAGAACCUGGGAGGCGAGAACAUACUGCUUUCUUGAACAUGCCCAGCUUAGGGCCCUCAGCACCUUGAUCAGGCAUCCUGGAAACAGAGGGCUGGGCAUAUGUAAUGUGCUGGAACAAAACAAGAAAGCCAGCAGGCAGAGGGCACUCAAGAGGUAGGCAGACAACAUCCAGCCUCCUCUUCCCUUCCUGAUCUAGACCUAAGCCGGUAGGAAAGAACCAAGUCACUACUAGCACCUUGGACAGAGCAUAAGCAAGGGUCAGGGUCAGCACCAUGGUCAGCACCAGCCACCCAGGACCCCUGGAGUCCUCCUGGUACCAAGGACAGAAAAGUUGCCUCCAAGACCCCUGUUACUGGCCAGCACCAGGAACAGAGUCACAUGACCAAGUGGGAAGAGACUCCAGGCAGGCUCAG